ACAAAAUUGACUUGCUUAUCCAAUUUUUAUGUAAAGACAUACCAAACUCAGAGCACAGUACGAGAGACUGUGUGGUUGUGAGGUGAGAAGCUGCAGUCUUAUGCCUUUUGCACACUUUCCAUUUACAACUGCUCUCUUAAAAAAACACAUCCUCUCCCAGACAUGUGAGUGAUAGCUAUCACCGUGAAGAGGCUGAGUGACACCUCCCACCUCUGGUCUUCAUUAAAGAAGGUUCUUACUUCAUCGAGACUUCUCGGGGCUGAGGUGAUGUCUGAGUCAGCAGCUGGUGUGAUGGAUCUGACCUCUAUACCGAGGCUGAACUUGAUGCUGCUGGUCGUGUUUCUGCUCGUUUCUCCCAACAUCGUCUGUCUCCAUGGACAUUCUCUUACAGUUGUGGACCACCAUCUUCACUGUGUGAAUGAUUACCUGACCAACAUCAGCUGCUCCCUGACCAUCGCACCAUCAGAAAAAACUUCAGACAGCAACAGCUCCUACUGGCUCAAAAUCUCAUAUACCGAAUUCAGAACGCAGGACUUUGUGUGCAUGCUAACAAACACCAAUGGGGAUUAUUUCUGUACCGUUAAAGUGCGUGAUGAUGAUGACUGUUUUACGGAUAUGGAUGUCUUUGAAAUAUCACUCUGUCACAACCAAAGUAAUGGGUCUCAAAGCUGCGAACAGCUGGAUGAAACAUAUGAGCCAUUUCAGAACAUUAAACCAAACCCACCGUGCUGCCUCACAGUUAGCCAAAACUCAAGCCAACACCACUUCACCUGGAAUAGCACCUAUGAGAAAUACGAUCAGACCAGCCUGGUCGAUAAUCUGGAUUAUCAGCUCCAUUUCUACAAAAGACAAGACAAAGAUGAUGUGGCAUUUCAUCAAAUCAACACAGACAGAAAGAGCUAUUCUAUGGAUGAUCACAUAUUUGUGCCAAACACUGAUUACGGUGCAAGAGUACGGUCCAGCCCCAACAAGGCUCAUUUCAAGGGAGAGUGGAGCGAAUGGUCCUCUGAGGUUCACUGGACAACGAAGGCACCCUUGAGCGAUUUCUCAACUUUUGCCAUUGUUUCUGGACUGAGUAUGAAGGUGUUCAUCCCCAUAUUUGUGAUAGUGCCACUCAUCUUACUUUUGUGCUAUGCUCGAAUUAAAAAAUGGAGGCAAAAUGCCUUUAUCCCAACUCCAGCACCCUAUUUCCAUACCCUAUACAGUGACUGCCAAGGAGAUUUCAAGAGCUGGGUGGUUACACAAGAAAACACGGCAGACAUGCUGAAAACUGAGGAAACACUCCACAUUUACACCCUCACCAAGUGUGCAGAUGUGCAAGAGGAAGACUGUCCACCCCACUUUCACCAGCAGCUUAUGGAGGGCAGCGCAUACAACAACAUAACUAACCCAGGCUGCGAUCCUUCUCUACUGGGCGUCCCGUACGCAGUGAGCACCAUAGCUCCACUGUCAUCUUCAGGGAGCCUGCUGAAAAAUCUGACCUUCAGCUUUCAGCCCGAGAGCCCUGCUGAAGGAGACUCAGGGUGCUGGCUCUGCAGCGACACAUCCCUCGAGAAAGACCCUCCCUGGUACUGCAAUGAGUACUGUACCUUGAGCGCCUUCCAGCAGCCUGGUCCGGUCACAGCAGAGUGCCAUGGGAGCCCCUCAACAAGAUCUUGCUCAGCAGAGAUUAUCAGAGUGGAUGCCUUUGGGCAAGCAUAAACUGAUAUGUUUUUAUGUAAAGACAGUAAAAGUAUGUGAAGAUGUAGUUCAAGCUGUAAAUGACCAAAUGCUUCACUUUUGCCUUCACAGUACAGGAGAUAGUCGGCUGUUAAGAAGUGAUUUAGUGGGCAUGAAUUUAUAAAAUAUUUCUUUACCACCAUGCAUACUGUAGAUAAUAUAUAAAAGAUUAAUCAUUAAUAUUUUUGCUACCAUAAAAUGCUUAAAUUGCAUAUAGGAACUGUAAAUAUUUUUCAGAUUUGAAGAAAAAUGCAUUUUGCCUACAAAUUUCCAUCACUGAAUUGUAAUAGCUUGCUUUGUUUAUGAUAGAUGAAAUAUUAAGUAAACCUUACUGUAUAGUUUAAUCAUUUAAUAAAUAAAAUGCAAGACAUUUGUAGAAAGUUUUAUUUACGCCAACACAUACAUGAACAAAGCACCAUAUAACCUUAAAGUCUGAUACAGAAGUAAGCCUACCUGCCUCAGUCAUUGUGGCCAUCUUUAUUUAAUCCAUAGCAAACACUCUGAAUAACAAAAACACAGCCAAGGCAGCAGAUUCUAUCAUAUAUUACAGCAUGCUGAAUAGAAAACCUGGGAAAGAGAAUUAGACAGAGCCAUCUAGAGACACUAGUGAGAUACAACAGUAUAAAAGUGCCAUUCAUUAUACAGCAGUUGAAAUACUGACAAUGAAAUAAGCUAAUUUUACAUUAAAUUUAUGGAAAAUAAAAAGGGGGAAACAUAA